CAAAGUAUUGUGUGAAAUAGAAGUUAUAUUGGUAUUGUAUAAUAUCAUUAACAGGGGUUAUUAACUACCCUUUAAAUUUGUGCAAAAAGCAGUACAUGCAAUAAAUAUGUCACAGGUACUGUUUCUUAGGUAGUGCUUGGACUUUCUUAUCUACAGUACAUUAUUGUUUCAGCAUUUUACAGAAAACACUGGAGCAGUCAGAUUUCUUCCCCCUGUUCCAGUCAGUCUAUUUGCAACAAACAACUGAUAAAUAAUUAACUGAGCAACUUUCUGUUUCCUUAUUCCCCAUUCUGCUCCCAAUUUACACAUCAUUUGUGUUACUGAGCCAAACCCCUGCUCUCCCUUUCCAAAUUGCAGGUGUAAUGAAUUUCCCUAUGUACUGGAUGUGACUGGCCGGGAGCACAAGAGCCUAAUGUUAGUGUCAUGACCUAAAGGAAGCAGUGAAGUCUCUAACUUAGCCACUUACCUGUUUACAUACAACUAUAUUGCCGCUGCUUUGCUUGGAUACAGUGUGCAGUAGGAGUUAUAGUUAUACAUACAAACCUGAGUGUUAGGUGUUUGCUUUAUCUUAUCUGAUGAGCAAGGCCUAUUUAUUGGAAAUGCUUUGAUGCCAGGCCUGGCAUAAUGAGGACCCUGCUAGAGUAUACUGGCUUUUUUCUAGCGUUUGUCUCUGCUGGCUUUCUUAUUGCGGCAACUUGGACUGAUUGUUGGAUGGAAAAUGCAGAUGAUUCUCUGGAGGUGAGCACAAAAUGCCGUGGCCUGUGGUGGGAGUGUGUCACUAAUGUGUUCGAUGGCAUACGGACUUGUGACGAAUAUGACUCUAUAUAUGCUGAGCACCCAAUGAAAUUAGUGGCAACACGUGGAUUGAUGAUAACCGCUGAUAUCUUGGCUGGGUUUGGGUUCAUCAUCUUUCUCUUGGGGCUUGAUUGUGUCAAAUUCCUGACAGAUGAAUCAGAUGUCAAGUUAAAGAUCUGCUAUGUAGCUGGUAUCACACUGCUUAUUGGAGGUGUCCCUGGGAUCAUUGGCUCAGUAUGGUAUGCUAUUGAUGUUUACGUUGAGCGAUCAACCUUGGUUAUUCAUAAUGUUUUCCUUGGAAUCCAAUAUAAGUUCGGCUGGUCCUGCUGGCUUGGAAUGAUUGGAUCACUGGGAUGUUUUUUAUGUGGCGGUAUCCUCGUAUUGUGUCAUUAUCUUUUUAAAGAAAAUGGAUAUGGCAGAAAUCAUUUUUCUUCAAGGAAAACCUACUUGCGCUCGGGAGGCUCUGCGGCAAAAUUUGAUUCCCAUCCCAGAACUGAAACCGCCAAGAUGUAUGCAGUGGAUACAAUAGUGUGAAAGGACUGUUUUGUCUCCUUCUAGCACAAAUGCAUUAUUAUGUGACCCAGCUCGCUGUAUUAGUCCCUUCAGAGUUGUGUUUUGGGAAGAUACAUUCUAAACCAUUAGAAUUACAGGCGGUAUGGAUCUGUGCUAUAAUCCCUGAAGUCUCAGAAUGUGUGCUAUUUGGGUGAUAUUUUACUCAGCUGUAUAUAAUUUGUUCUCAUCCAAGUAAGAUGAAGUCUGAUAACACUGUACUCUGCCUCCCUUUUGGUAUUUGUCACUACACAUACUAUAUUGUACUGAAUGAUUGUGAUCUUUUUGUAGGAGACAGGGAAAUGAAGGUUUCUGCAAGUAACAACUGAAUUCCUGUCAACUAAAGAAAGUCCCAGUAAUACUAGAACUAACAAAUAAUGCU